AUGCUCCUCUGUUUACUGCAAAGAGCAAUCUUUGCCACGUGGAGAAGCUGGGCAAAGAGACACCUUCCCCUCCACAGUUCUACCUUCUCCUGGAGGAAUGUAGCACUCCUGCUUCUCUCUCUGUCUUCGGAGGAGACCACUUCAUCACUAAUCAAGAAAGUCAAAGAGAAAGCAGGAGUGUGCCCCCGAGAAAGGGUCAUCUGUGAGAUUCAAGUUCCAGACUUCUGCACAACUGAUUGGGAUUGCCUAAAACAAAUGAAGUGUUGUUCAUUUGCCUGUGGGAAAAAGUGCAUGGAUCCAUUCCAAGAACCCUGCAUGCUACCCCCAGAAGAAGGAGGGUGUGACGUUAGUAUCUUUCGCUGGUAUUUUGACUUUAAACUUCAGUCCUGUGAACCGUUUAUCUAUGGAGGCUGCUUCGGGAAUGCCAACAACUUCCUCAGCAUCACAACCUGCAAAAUGGCUUGCUCACCACCUGGUAAGAUUUAUAUCCCUGGCAAUCCGAGGGAUUAG